ACUAAAUGUAUGGCAGUGGAGUUGGCACCCAAAAAGAUCCGGGUCAAUGCAGUAUGUCUUUGUGUAAUCCAUUCGCCCAGUUUUGAGUCAUUAAGUAAUAUGACCAAGGACGAGCUCAAGGCACUUAAACAACGUUUGGCGGUUAAGUUCCCGAUUGGUCGUGUCGGUGAACCAUCGGACAUGGACCAUGCCGUAGUGCACCUGGCCAGUGAGCAUGCUACAUUUAUAACUGGCGCGUGCGUGUUGGUCGAUGGUGGCUACCUUAAUAGUGUUUGUUUGUAA